UUUUAAUUUUUUUUAUUACAGCUGAAUCAAUUUCAGUUCCAUUAUACUUUAAUCAAAUAUUUGCUUAUCAAAAAAGAUAAAUUUAACAGACUAGAAUAGAUAACAAAUUGCUAUCCCCCAUUAAGCUUUUUUCAUAUAAAAUCAUUAGUAAAUCGUUCAUCGUCAUCAACAACUUGUCUGUUCUCUAACCAAACCCACAAUGUCGCUGCCAAUGUUGGAAUCCUGUAUUCAAUAUCCAAUCGAUGAUAAGACCCUUUUGGAAGUUGUCCCCAAAGCUAAAGACUGGGCACUAAUGCAUGGAGCUGCAAUGCGUUCUAAAUCCAAUUUCAGUCCGGAUGCUUUAAAUUUUGCUCCAUUUAUCUUAACUCCUUCGUCAUUCCCACGAAAAGAAUUUGAAAAAGCUGUCGAUUUACAAUGUAUUCUCAAUGAAUUAAUGCAUUUUGUAGCUCACGAUGAUGAAUUCCUAACAACAACCUUGGCUGAAACAAUUAAAGUUGAUGAAUUCACGCGUAAUCUUUUUAAUGUUUACAAAAAAGUAUUAGCUAAUGGUAUACAGCAGCCAUUAUCUUUGGGACUUAUUCGAUCUGAUUUGAUGUUGGAGACGUGCUGUCCUGAAAUUACGGGUAAAAAGUGUGCCUACUGUUGCUGGAAACAAGUUGAAAUUAACACAAUAGCUUCUGGUUUCGGCCAUUUAGGACCAUCUAGUAAAGCAAUUCAAAGCUUCGUUCUUCAGGAAUUAGAUCAUAGUGAUAAAAUUUCUAAGAUGCCUGAAAACAAGGCCCUUUCUGGACUAUGUGGUGGAAUGAUCAAAGCAUGGGAAUUGUACGGAAAUCCAAAUGCCGUCAUCGUUUUUGUUAUUGAAGAUAUAUCGUAUAAUAUUUGUGACCAGCGUUUCCAUGAGUUUUAUAUUCGUGAAACCAAACCCAAUAUAAAGGUUUUACGAAAAACACUUACAGAGAUACAUGAACAGGGAAAGCUUGGGAAAAAUAAUGAACUUUUUAUAGACGGACAUGAGGUAAGUGUUGUGUAUUUCCGUGCAGGUUAUGAACCAGGACAUUAUCAUUCUCAAAAUGAAUGGGACGCUCGAUACUUGGUCGAAUGUUCGAAGGCAAUUAAGUCACCGUCGAUACAUUAUCACUUAGCUGGUACUAAGAAAGUUCAACAGGCAUUGGCAACUCCAGGAAUGCUUGAAAGAUUUAUCACUGAUCCUGAAAAGGUGAAAGCUAUUGGAAAAAUCUUUACGGGUUUGUAUUCGUUGGACAAUAACGAAUCCGGAAAUGCUUCUUAUGAAAUGGCAUUAAAAGACCCUGAAAGAUUUGUUUUGAAGCCUCAACGAGAAGGUGGUGGUAAUAAUGUUUAUGGUGCUGACAUUCCAGAAGCUUUAAAGAGCAUGAGUGCUGUUGAACGCUCAGGUUGGAUAUUAAUGGAAAGAAUACAUCCUCCAAUUACCAAAGGUUAUAUGAUUCGUGCAGAUGGACCUAUGCCACCACCAUUGGUCGAUCUAGUUUCAGAACUUGGAAUUUUCGGUGUUAUUAUUGGUGACUCAAAAACUAUAACUACAAAUUAUCAAGCAGGUCAUAUGCUUAGAACGAAGCUUUCAACAGCCAAUGAAGGUGGGGUUGCAGCUGGUCUGGGAGCCCUUGACAGUCCUUAUUUAUUGGAUAAUUGUUGUUAAUUUUCUAAAUUUAAUGGAUGUUAUUUCUAUUUUUUUUUGUACAUACAAUCUUUUGUAAAAGAUUUACUAACAUUUUUGAUGGGUUUUAUUUUUUAUAAAUAAAAAUAACUAAAGAAAAAGGUUUAA